UCGCAACAGACCGCUGAAAACAGUUUUCUUCGCAUAAAUUCGCAUUAAUCUCUAGCAUGGAUAUAUCUACGUAUCCAGGCUAUAAAGACUUUGUGUGGGCUGUUGAAUUAAAUCGAUACGGUUUGGAAUUUGUCGGUUUAUGGCCAACAAGUGACAAAGCAGCCAAACAUAACUACAUAUCCAAUCUUCGUGCUUACAUUAUUUUCAUCAUUAUAACGUUUGUUUGUGUUAUUCCUCUCAUAUGUUCUCUUAUACGAGUUCUGAAUGAUAUAAUACUUGUGAUAGAUAACUUGCAAUUCACACUAUCUAUGAUGGUGGUUUUAUUUCAAUUUAUUAUUAUGCGAUGGAAACAAACAGCUCUCUUAUCCAUUCUAAAGAUGAUGGCGAAAGACUGGAUAGUAUUCAAGAUAGACACACAGAGGGAUGUUAUGAUGAAGUGGGCACGAACUGCCCGCGUAAUCGCAAUUUGUGGUUACAUAGUGAUAGGAUUUGGAAUCAUUGUGGUCAUCAUUCCUCCUUAUUUUGGCAUACCGUUCAGGAAAUUGUCGAAUCUUACGGAUCGUGAUAAACCGUUAGUUCUACAGGCGUAUUACUUCUACGACACAGAUCCGAGUCCACAAUUCGAGUUGACAUUUAUCUUUCAAGCUAUAACGAUAUUCCUGGCAGCUACAAGUUACACAUCAGUGGACGCCCUCCUUGGACUGGUGAUUCUGCACACUUGUGGCCAGUUAGAGAAUUUCAAAUAUCAAUUAGCUAAUAUAGCUGCAUCCGAAAAUUUUGAUGGUGCUUUACGUAACAGCGUUAGCACCUAUGCACGACUUAUCAGAUUUACUAAUAAAAUCGAAGAUAUAUUCGCGCUGAUGAUGUUGGGAUUGCUAUUUUACUUUGGUAUCGUAUUUUGUCUUUUCGGAUUUCUGCUGCUCAGUGUAAUGACUGAUGAAGACAUAAGUGACGUGCCUCUUUCGCGAAUAUGCUAUAUAUUAUGUGGUAUUAUUAUUAUAUUUGCACACACAUUCCUCUACUGCGGUGCUGGAGAGAUUAUGAUAGAACACUGUAAUAGAGUGUAUCAAGCUAUAUAUAAUCUUGAGUGGUAUAAGUUGGAAGCAAGGAAAGCAAGGAAUCUUGUGUUAUUAAUGAUACGAGCUAGCGAACCGUUUCGCAUCACUGCAGGAAAAGUGAUACCGCUAACAAUGGCUACUUUUUGCAGUCUAUUAAAAACGACGGCUGGAUAUAUAUCGGUUUUAUUAGCAAAAUGUAGUUAAAAGACAUACAAAAAUCACUAAUUUUGCUUAUUAGUGAAUUAAAAUAGAAUUAGUAUCAAAUGUUUUCUAUAACAGUGGAUAAAAACGAAAUAUGCAAGGACAAAUAAAAACCAAUAGUAUUAUUUAUAGCUAUA